AUUGUAAUUAUAUUAUUUUGGAGAUAUAGGUGUAUAGGUAACUGAAGAAACAUGGACUCGAACAAAAAACAUAUCAAUCCUUCCCCAGAAUCGAAAUCAGGAGCUUUCUCAAAACUUUUUUUCUGUUGGGUUCUUCCGUUUUUCAAAUAUGGUUACAAGAGAGAUUUAGAGACUACAGACAUAUACAAUGCUACAAAAAAUGAUUUGUCAGCACCCCUAGGAGAUGAGCUUGAGAAGUAUUGGAAGAGAGAGUUAGAGCGGUCAGCAAUAAAGAAGAGAAAACCCAGUUUGAAAAGAGCCAUAUUUUUCACAUUCUGGAAAUCUUACAUUCCUUUUGGAAUUUAUUUAUUUUUUCAAGUAGUUAUAUUAAGGAAUUUACAACCAGUAGUACUCUCUGAAUACAUUGAUUAUUUCGAAUAUAGUCAGGACCAGUACCAUUUAGGUAAUUGGGAAUUAACUAGAUCGCAAUAUGGCUGGUUGAUUGCAGUUUGUGUUAUCAUUCUACCUUUUUUUAACAUGAUCAUUGUACACCAUUGCCAAAUUGGAUGCCAGAGAGUAGGAAUGAGGAUACGGAUUGCUUGCUGUUCUUUAGUUUACAGAAAAAUUCUGAGGCUGAGCCAGUUAUCUCUAGGUGAGACAGCUGCUGGUCAGGUGGUUAACUUGAUGUCAAAUGAUGUUCAACGAUUCGAUCUGGCUUCUGUCGACUUCCACUACUUGUGGAUAAUGCCAAUAUUGUUCGUCACUUCUUUUUAUCUCAUGAUCGACAGAGUUGGAUUGGCCGCUGUCGCUGGCAUGAUAGCGAUGACCAUAGAAGCACUACCAUUCCAAGGUUAUUUAUCCAGGAUCCAAGGCAAGUUGCGGGGAAAAAUAGCUCAGAAAACUGACUUCAGGGUUAAAUUGAUGAGCGAAAUAGUAUCUGGAAUCCAAGUCAUCAAAAUGUACGCUUGGGAGAAGCCAUUCGACAAAAUGGUCGAACUAUCACGCAAGCUCGAAAUAAAGUAUAUAACCAAAGCAGCAUAUAUCAAGGGACUUUCCAUAGCACUAGUGGUCUACACAGAACGGCUAACUUUAUAUCUUACUCUAAUAGCCUACGUUUUCCUAGGUCACAGGCUCACUAGUGAUAUCGUGUUCUGCAUGGCUCAAUACUUCAACAUUGUCCAGCUCUACAUGUGUUUUUACUUCCCGAAUGGCCUUGCCACAUACGCUGAGGCUAGAGUAACCAUCAAGAGACUGGAAGAGUUCUUGUUGCUGGAAGAGAACACAGAACUCAUUGCUAAUAGUGACUUGAUCAUUGAUGAUGAAAAAAGGGGCACGAUCAAAAUCGAAGAAGUCAGUGCUAGCUGGGUACUCAAUUCGACUAGCAACACACUCAAUGAUAUCAAUUUGAAUAUAGGUGCUGGUAAACUUUGCUGCGUAGUUGGAAACGUAGGAUCUGGAAAAAGUUCCAUGCUGCAGUUGUUGCUUAGAGAAUUGCCUCUGAAAUCUGGACACCUGGAAGUGAAUGGACAUGUAUCGUUCGCUUCUCAAGAACCAUGGUUGUUCGUUUCCAGUGUCAAGGAGAAUAUUCUCUUCGGACAGCCUUAUCUGAAAAACAGAUACGCUGACGUAGUUAACGUAUGUGCCUUGGAAAGGGAUUUCAAACAAUUCGUACACGGCGAUAAGACUCUUGUAGGGGAAAGAGGGGUAUCUCUUAGUGGCGGACAAAGGGCGAGAAUAAAUCUGGCGAGAGCAGUGUAUGUUGACGCAGAUAUUUACCUUUUCGACGAUCCACUUUCUGCGGUCGACACACAUGUUGGCAAACAUCUUUUCGAGAAAUGCAUCAGAGAUUAUUUGAAAGGCAAGACGAGGAUUCUGGUAACGCAUCAAAUUCAAUUCUUGAAGCAGGCAGAAAUCAUCGUCGUAAUGAACAAUGGGAGGAUAGAGAAUAUAGGCACUUUCGAGACUCUAGCUGAUGACUUAUUGAAGACAAUUAAAAGACAAGAUUCUGAGGACGACGCUAAGAAAGAGAUGAUAGUGAAAGAAAAGCCUAUGAUAAAGCACGAAAGAAUGUUAUCAAUUGUUUCGGUUGCGAGUUCCAUAGGUAAAGAGUUCACAGAGGUAGAACAAACUAUUCAAGAAGAAGUGGAAAAAGGCCAGCUAUCGUUCUCUAUGUAUUUAGAGUAUUACAGGACCGGAGCUAGUAUCUGCCUACUGACAUUCAUGAUUGUACUAUUCAUCAUUGCUCAAAUGUUCUCGAAUGGAUGCGAUUUAUGGGUGGCACAUUGGACAAACGUGGAGACUGCGCAUGCUGCCAAUGAAACAAGGCAAAAAAAUACUUUGUCGAAUGCAGAGACAAGUGAGAGAAAUAAUAUAGAGGAUUCGGACAAUUUCAUAGAAUCGCAAAAAAGCUAUAUCUACAUCUAUACCAUCUUCAUUGUUGGAUCGAUCAUUCUGACGACUGCUAGAUCACUAUUGUUUUACCGAGUUUGCACGAAGGCUUCCGAAGGACUACACAAUAAAAUGUUCAGUAACGUGCUCAAAGCUCCAAUGAGAUUUUUCAACACCAAUCCAUCAGGUCGAAUUCUGAAUAGAUUCUCCAGAGAUAUAGGAGCAGUAGAUGAAAUAUUACCGAAAGCAACCAUGGAUGCAAUCACGGCUUUUCUUGUUAUGUUGGGUAUUUUGAUGAUGGUUUUCAUCGUUACUCCUUGGAUGAUUUUGCCUGCAGUGGUACUUGGAAUAUUUUUUCACUUCUUCAGAAGCGUCUAUUUAUCUAGCGCUCAAGACAUCAAAAGAAUAGAGGGAGUCAAUAGAGCACCGGUGUUUUCUCAUAUAUCAGCAACAUUAUAUGGAAUCUCCACUAUUCGAUCUUCGAAGGCAGAAGAAAUGGUGAUCCAUGAAUUUGAUUCGCUUCAAGACCAACACACUGGCAGUUGGUUCAUGUUCUUAGCUUGCAGCGGAGCUUUAGGAUUCUAUCUAGACUGUAUUAGUUUGGCCUUCUUGAUUUUAGUCACUUUCCAGUUUCUCAUAAUAGAUACUAAUAGUGGUAUGAGCGGAAAUAUAGGUUUAGUAGUCUCUAGCAGCAUGAUACUGAUAGGAAUGCUGCAGUUAGGGGUGAGACAAACCACAGAGGUCUCUUCGAAUAUGACAAGCGUCGAGAGGGUUAUGCAGUACACAAAAGUGGAAAAAGAGGAAGAGCUGAAUCCUGGUGCUUCAGAAAAACCUGAGAACUGGCCGAGUGCAGGAAAAAUUUCUUUCAGGAACACAUAUCUGAGAUACAACCCCGAUGACCCGCCUGCUUUGAAGAACUUGAACAUAGUCAUACAACCAGGAGAAAAGAUCGGAAUAGUAGGUAGAACAGGUGCGGGAAAAUCAACGCUUAUAUCCUCACUAUUCAGACUAGCCCCCAUCGAUGGUACUAUGGCUAUAGAUGACAUAGAUACUUCCACAGUGAGCUUAGAGCAUCUUAGGUCAAAUAUAUCGAUAAUACCUCAAGAGCCCAUACUGUUUUCAGCUAGCAUUCGGUAUAACCUGGACCCCUUCAGUAAAGUCAGCGAUGAUGUCAUCUGGCAAGCGUUAGCAAACGUUGAACUGAAAGAUACCAUAGAAAACCUGGACCAAAAGGUAUGCGAGGGUGGUUCGAAUUUCAGUGCGGGACAGAGACAGCUAGUUUGCCUUGCCAGGGCGAUCAUUAGGAACAAUAAGGUUCUGGUAAUGGAUGAAGCUACAGCGAACGUAGAUCCGCACACUGAUGCUUUGAUUCAAAAUACUAUCAGAGAGAAUUUCAAGGAUUGCACAGUACUGACUAUAGCCCAUAGGUUGAAUACUAUCAUGGAUAGUGAUAAGGUGCUUGUGAUGGAUUCUGGUAAAGCAGUGGAGUUUGAAUCGCCCCACAGGCUUUUGCAGCUUCCCGGUGGAUAUUUCACAAAGAUGGUGGAAAAAACUGGACCAGUUAUGGAGGCCCAAUUAAGACAGAUAGCAAAAAUUGCAUACAAGUUAGAAGAUUGAAAAGUAUUUGAUGAGUCUGAAGAUUAUACAUAAUGUUAUUGAAAUAAUAUGACACUUCUUGUUAUUGUGACGUCCAACAGCCAGUUCGUACUAUUGUUGUUGAAUCUACUGUUUGAAAUUUAUUCAAAUUCAUUCAAAGCUAAAAGGCAUAUUUGACGAAUUCAAUAGGAACGAUUUCUUAAAGAUUGUUCAGAAUUGAAACUUAUAAGUAUUACGAGUGUUUGUUUACCUUCUAUAAGAGUAAUGAGAUAUAGGGUGUCCAAAUGUUUUUUCCGCGAUGUUUGAAUAGUUUGUAAGGAAACGCGAACAGCACUAAAACCUUGUAUGUAAUCUUUACCUUGACACCCUGAAACUUACAAUGUACUCACUUCUUUAGAUAGAUUGUAGACAUAUGAUUAUUAAAUAUUUUUCAUUGAUCGUC